CUUCAUUGUAUGGGCUCCCAGUCCAGUUCUGGGAUGUCUGAUGGAAGGGGCUCUUCCAGUGACAACCCAGUUGAUCAAGGCGACUUAGAAGAAGAAAACCAGAGUAGUGGCAGCAGCAGGCAGCAAGGCGACACGGUGUCAGCAUCGGAGGAGGACGUCGACUUAGCUGAAGUGCUGGCUUACCUACUGAGGAGGGGCCAGGUCAGACUGGUCCAUGGCAGCGGAGCGACAGGGCUGCAGCUGGUCCAGUCUUACUCGGACUCCGACGAGGACAGCGAUGGCGCGUGGGAAGGUCGGCUGGGCAAAAUCUACAAUCCGCCUGUGGACACGCAGCCCGACACGCAUGAAGUAGAGCGCAGCGAGAUCCGAACUCAGAUCCUGCUGGCCACCGCUUCGUCUGACCUGAAAGGCAAAACAAGUUUUACACACAUGCUUAGAGAGAGGGAGCAAGGAAGGUGUAGAAGCUCCAGUUUUUCCCAUGGAGAAUGCAGUCGCAUCCGCUCGCACUUCCUGCCUAACUAUGUCUCCCAAAAGGCUACAUACCAUCACAAAGCCUUCUGUGGCGUCUACAGCGAGGAUGGCAACAUGUUUCUCUCUGCCUGCCAGGAUCAGAACAUCCGCUUGUAUGACACAAGCAGAGGACGCUUUCAACUUAGGCAAACGGUGAAGGCUCGAGAUGUCGGCUGGAGCGUCCUGGACGUCUGCUUCACGCCGGAUGCCCAGCACGUGCUUUACUCCAGCUGGUCGGACUACAUUCACCUGUGCAGUAUCGACGGGGACGGUGAAAACCACACUGCAUUGGACCUCAAUCCGGAUGAGAGGAGGUUCUGCGUGUUCUCAUUGGCUGCGUCGACAGAUGGCAAAGAGAUCUUGGGAGGAGCAAAUGAUGGCUGUCUUUAUGUCUUUGACCUGGAGCAGAAUAAAAGAACACUUAAGAUUGAUGCUCAUGAGGACGACGUGAAUGCCGUGGCGUUCGCCGACAACUCUUCCCAGCUGCUCUUCUCCGGCAGCGACGACGCGCUGUGCAAAGUGUGGGACAGGAGAACGCUGCGGGAGGAUCGGCCGCAGCCUGUCGGACAGCUGGCGGGCCACCGGGACGGUAUCACCUUCAUCCACAGCAAGGGCGACGCGCGUUAUUUGAUCAGCAACUCGAAGGACCAGUCCAUCAAGCUCUGGGACGUGAGGAAGUUCUCUCCUAAAGAAGGGUUAGAGGCUUCACGUCAGGCCGUCACCCAGCAGAAUUGGGAUUACCGCUGGCAGCGGGUUCCCCAAAGAGCACUGAGGCGACACAAGCUGGCCGGCGACACCUCGGUGAUGACGUACCGCGGCCACGGCGUUCUGCACACGCUCAUCCGCUGCCGUUUCUCACCAGAGUUCAGCACGGGACAGAGAUUCAUUUACUCCGGGUGCUCCACGGGCAAGAUUGUCAUCUAUGACGUGCUGACGGGCGCCGUGGUUUCGAAACUGUUGGGUCACGGUGCCUGCGUGAGGGACGUCAGUUGGCACCCGUACGAAGACGUCGUCAUCAGUAGCUCUUGGGACUGCGCUGUUCAAAUGUGGGAACACAGACAAACUCAUCCUCUGGAGGAGGAACGGGAAAGAGAAUGA